AAACACACAAUGCUCACCGACAUGUGGGGCCCUUGGUAGGCCGUGUCAUGUCCAUCCGCUGACAUGUGGGACCCGUUGCCAGUUCACCCCCCAACAUAACGGGGUAGGCUCCCUUCUCUCCCACCUCUCAGUGAUCACCAGUACUACUGCCAUUCCCCAUUCUCCAAUCCACCUCAACCGCCCAGCUUCCAUGGCUCGGAGCAACCCGGGGCUUCUCCUAGGGCUGCUUCUGCUGCGGCUCAAUUGGUGCUUGGGCGUGGAUGGCGGAGGCGCGGAGGAAGGGGGCGGCGUGUUUCCGGUGGUGGUGAGCACCUGGCCGUUCCGGGAGGCGGUCAGGGCGGCGUGGGACGUGGUGAAAACCGGUGGCGCAGGGGGGUCGGCUGUGGAUGCCGUCGUCGCCGGCUGCUCCGCCUGCGAGGAGCUCCGCUGCGAUGGCACAGUUGGUCCAGGUGGAAGUCCAGAUGAGGAUGGUGAAACUACCUUAGAUGCUCUUAUCAUGAAUGGGGUAAAAGCUACUUUAACCACUCAAGCUACAGUAUAUGCUGAUGUUUAUGUUACGACAUUUAUGAAAACAAUGGAAAUUGGAGCUGUGGCUGCCAUGAGAUAUGUGAAGGAUGCAAUUAUGGCAGCAAAGUUGGUCAUGGAGCACACCGGGCAUACUCUUCUUGUUGGAGAGAAGGCGACAUCCUUUGCGAUUUCAAUGGGUCUUGCAGGACCAACUAACCUGAGUUCACCAGAGUCAAUUGAGAAAUGGUCAAAUUGGAGACAGAAUAAUUGCCAACCUAACUUUUGGAAAAAUGUUGCUCCUGCUGGCAACUGUGGUCCAUACCAUCCUAUAAAUAUACCUAAGGACCCUGUUAAAAGUGCUGUAUGGGAGAAUCAAGGAAUCACUUGUCAGGAAUGGCUCGAAAAUGAUAAUUUACUAGAACCGACAAACUCCCAUUUCAACUCUGUUAAUCGCCACAACCAUGACACAAUCUCUAUGGCCGUCAUUGACAAGAUGGGUCAUGUAGCAGUUGGCACAUCAACUAAUGGUGCUACGUUCAAAAUUCCAGGAAGGGUAGGUGAUGGACCAAUACCAGGAUCUUCUGCAUAUGGUGAUGAUGAAGUUGGGGCUUGUGGAGCUACUGGUGACGGUGAUAUUAUGAUGCGCUUCCUUCCAUGUUAUCAAGUAGUAGAGAGCAUGCGACUUGGAAUGGAGCCUCGAGAUGCUGCUGUGGAUGCUAUAUCAAGAAUUGCUCGUAAGUACCCAGAUUUUGUUGGUGCUGUAUUUGCGCUUAACAAGAAAGGAGUGCACGCCGGGGCGUGCCAUGGUUGGACCUUUCAGUAUUCUGUCAGGAAUUCCAGCAUGCUGGAUGUGGAGGUCAUCACAGUAACACCUUAACAUAGGCAGAUCCUUAUUAAAACAAAAGGCUGAUUCGCCAAUAAGGUGUAUUCCUUUAUGCCAAGUUCUCUCCAUUCACUCCCAUGGUAAUGCAACAAUAUUAUGUUGGGCUUGUUCCCUGAGUCAUCUAUUGGACUGCAAUUUUCUAUUGAAACUGCCAUGUUAUAUAGGUAGUAGAUUCAUUGAAUGCAUUGUAGACUUCUUGAGAAAAGGCUGGAAUUGCACAUAGUCAACUUUUGUCUUGCAACUA